AUGUGUUCUUCUGAGACAUUUAUUCUAAGCGAAGAUGGAUCGGAUGCCUUCGACAGAGCCGAACUAUCGGACGCCGAAGCAUCGCAAGAAUGUGAUUUAAGCGCUGACUGUGAAAAGCAAUCUCCAUGCGAGAGGACGAAGAAGUCGAGCCCACGACUGACGGCUAUUAAUCUCAAUCGAGGAAAAGGACUUUCAGAAAAGAAGGACCUUCUUUGUGGAAAAACGACGGAAAAACCUGUCGAGGAAAUCCUCCUCACGGUAACCGGAGCGAUCUGGGAUGAGAGUACCCCUAGGUUGAGAAUAACACACGAGGAAGAAAGACCAAUAAAGAACUGCCGACAUAAACAGAAUAUGAAGGUAUGGAUAUUAAGAUGGGCGGGGCAUGUAGCUCGUAGCAAUCCAUAUGAAAGCCUCUACACAACUAUGGAUGCCUCAAUAGAAGGCAAAAGACCACGUGGAAUGCCAAACAGCAGAUGGAUAGGGCUCCUGAAUCAAUUCCUCCCGAGAAGGGAGUACUAUUUCACGUCUAGAUAUAACGUACGGCCGCUGGCGUGGCCGUGUACUCGAUACCUAGCCCACUCCGGGCAUGUACUCGAUGUAGGUUCUCUUCCAAGAGUCAUGACCUAG